UAUUAGAUGACAGUGAGAGGCUCCAGCACUUUUGAGUGACGAAGAGGUCCUGUAAGGUUGUCAGUGCUGCCACCUGUCCACAAUGCUUUCCUACCUUGCUUUUCUGGGUGUCUUAUGCGUGGCUUCUGCACAGCUGCACCACACCUGCCACUCCAAUGCACAGCAGCUGAGAGAAGAGGAGGUAAUCGCUUUGGUAGCUGAUCUUCUAGACCGCAAUAACGAUGGGAUCAUCACAGCUGGUGAAUUUGUCGUGGGCUUCGGUGAAAUUCUCGGGUAUCAGUUCCAGACUCCGGAAGCUCAGCUUAUCGUCAUGAACAGCACUCAGCUGCUGACCCUGGCUGCCCAGUAUGGCAUCGUCAUCGACAAGGAACACUUCGUGCAGAAGUGGCAUCAGCGCUUUGGGGACUCGGUGCAGUUCGCCAGAGCCACCUUCGAGGCCUACGACGAUAACAAGGACGAUAAACUCAGCGUCCUGGAGAUCGAGAAUAUUCGAUUGCAUGCUUUGGCCAGAGCAGAUAAUGGAGAUAACAUCCUCAAUGAACAGGAAUUGAAAAACUACUUGAAAUUCGUGUAUAGCUGCUAGUCAGUGGGAAAGGUUUCUGGACAGAUGUGUGUGAGACUACGUUCCACGUAGAGUAUGAGAGAAGGUUUUACAUAACAAAAUACAACAUCUCCAUCAAUGAAACAAUAAAAGCAGCUGAUGUAGAUGUCAAAA